GACUACUGUUUGUGCAAACUUUUAACCUGAUCCCAAACAUUUCAAAUUUGGACCCGGAUCACUUGAGGUGGAAUGCCACAUAUAGGUAACAAAGGUGGAAAGUUCUAUGGUUCAGGAAAAAAAAGAUAUUAGCAAAAUAAUUAUUAUUGUUUUAAAAGAAAAAAAAAUUUUCCUUCACGAAACUUUUUUCAUCAAAUCUGGUCAAAAAUAGAAAAUCGAGAAAAUAUUUAUAAAAUCGGAAAAAAAUGGCCUACGACGAUGUCCUUAUUUUAAUGGGCGAAUUUGGUCGCUAUCAACGUAAAACAUAUUUUAUAUUAUGUAUUCCCGCAAUUUUUUGCGCUAUUCACAAAAUGUCUGGUGUUUUUCUUGAAACAACUCCAAAUUUCAGGUGUCUUUUGCCUUUGGAGAAUUCAACAAAUGCAGAAUAUCAAUUACCAGACGGUUAUAUUGAUGCAUUUCUUCCAAAACAUUCAGCAACAACAACGAAAAAGGAAAGGCCCUCCCAGUGUCAUUUUUAUGAUAUACCAGUUCCUCCGAAUGUGACGAAUUUAGAAGAAUAUUAUUUAAUAGCCGCUAAUAGUACUAAGACGUGGAAUGAAAAAAAUUGCGAAACAUAUGUUUUUGAUAAAAUGAGAUAUUCGAGUACAGUCGCCACUAAGUGGAACAUGGUAUGCGAUUCUUCCUGGUGGAUAUCAACAGGAGACUCGAUCUUCAUGGUAGGAGUAAUGAUUGGCUCAAUGACUUUUGGUUUCUUGUCUGACAAAUUCGGACGUAAACCAAUUUUUGUAAUUUGUUUAAUUAUUCAAUUAAUCUCAGGAACCAUAGUCGGUUUAGCACCAAAUUAUGCCACAUUUGUUGUUUUUAGAGCAAUUCUUGGUUCGACAGCCAGUGGCGUUUUCAUCGUUACUUACGUGAUUGCACUUGAAAUGGUUGGACCAAAAAAAAGAAUUUACGCUGGUGUUGGAGUGAAUUUAUUUUUCACAAUAGGAUAUUUUACGACUGGUAUUUUCGCUUACUUCAUCCGUGACUGGAGAACAUUACAAAUAGCCCUUGUUCUUCCAAGUGUAUUGUUCUUGUCAUAUUACUGGUUCAUUCCUGAAUCGUGUAGAUGGUUGUUGACAAAAGGUCGUAAAGAAGAGGCGAAAGCAUUAUUACACAAAGCCGCAAAGGCGAACGGAGUUGAUAUUUCCGAUGAUACAAUGGAGGCGCUUUUAUCGCAAAAAGAAACAGAAUCAAAAAACAGUGAAGCAAAAUCUUCUGCUUUAGACCUUAUAAGAUAUCCAAAUUUAAGACGUAAAACUUUACUACUGUGUUUCAACUGGUUAAUAAACAGUGGGACUUAUUAUGGCCUUUCUUGGGGUGCAGCGAAACUUAGUGAUAAUGAAUUUGCCACCUACUUUAUGUCGGCGGGUGUUGAAAUACCCGCUUAUAUUUUGCUCAUGUGUACAUUAAACAGGUGGGGCAGAAAAGCGAUACUCUGUGGUUCUAUGAUUACCUCAGGAUUCUUCCUACUUCUAAUGACUGUUGUUCCUAAAGAUAUGGGCUGGUUAGCUAUUACAUUUUACAUGUUGUCGAAAUUAGCAAUUACGGCCUCAUAUGGUGCUAUUUAUAUUUUUACAACCGAACAAUUUCCAACAGUUGUUCGAAAUAUUGGUCUUGGUGUUAGUUCAACGUGCGCAAAACUCGGAGGUGUUUGCGCACCACAAAUUAAUCUUCUAGGAGAAAUUUGGUUCCCAUUUCCACAUGUAUUUUAUGGGACACUAGCUCUAUGUGCAGGGCUAAUAACACUGUUAUUACCUGAAACGCUUAAUAAAAGAUUGCCGGACACUAUUGAAGAAGGGGAGAAUUUCGGAAGACAAACGAAGAACGUGUCUCUACAAUCAUUGACACCAACGAAGAAAGGUGUCGAUGACAAUCUAAAUGGAAAAAUAGCAUAAUGAUAAUAAUAGUUAUAUUAUAGUUAUGCAAAAAACAAAGUACUUAGAAACAUUCCUAAAUUUUUAAUUAUUAGUAUUAAAUAU